AUGGCUCUUCCACUUUACAUCCCGCAUUGUAUUCGCACUCCUGCUCAUUCUCUUCACCCACCACCGUUAGACAAGCCGGUGAGGAUCCAGAUCGAAGGCCCAUUGGUAUCUGUCCAGAAACUUCUUCCGGAGGUGCUAUGGCAUGUUGAUGUAUUCAACCCAAUAUUUCCGCAGCCGGCUGGCCCGGAGCUCGCAAGACUAGCGUACCGGGCUAUAUACGGACAGGAUGCCAGUCUUUCUGUCGAGAAUGAUAUGAUUGAGCGAGAUGAGUACCUAGGCUGGGUGCACGAGAAGAAUGAAAUUGACUAUUACGGCGUUACAUUUGACCAUCUUGUUCCCGCCGACGAUUAUUUUCCCGAGGUCCUACAAAUUAAUAUCUUAGAGAUAGACGAGGACGAGGGAGAGUACGCAAACACGUACCUGCCAUUCGCAGUAGAUCCCACGGAAUAUAUCGGGAAGAAGAUACUAGCGGUACCAAGAUGCUGUCAGAAGAGGAAGGGAACUACGGACCGGUCGAGAGUGAAUGGUUCGGUGACCCAGAGAGAUCUUGUCCGGCAAGGGUUUGAUAGGGAAAUGAUGAUGAAUUUGUUGGUAGCCUAUGGGGUAUACUCCACGAAGAUCCCAGAGAAGCGGUUUGACAAAGUCCCUCAGCCGCGGACAGGCACAGCCCCCAAGGAGAAGGAAUAA